CUUAUAAUGACGUCAUGUUUUUCCGGUUGAUCAAUUAAUUUUAGAGAUAGAAACUCCCUACAACUUUCAAGUUUUAAAUCCACUGUGUUUGUAUAUCUGUUUGAUUUCAAAGGAUAGUGUGUGUCUUGGCUAUAAGGUAUAUACAUUGUGUGAUAUUUAUUUUGUAUCAACCUUAAAUUUUCAAUAUGAAUGGGCUGAGCGUAGGGGAGCUGUGUUGUCUCUUUUGUUGCCCACCUUGCCCAUCUCGUAUCGCAGCUAAGUUAGCCUUUCUUCCGCCUGAGCCUACCUACGAACUCGUUCCUGUAGAUGCUUCCGAAUCAAAGUUUUCGCUAACAUUAUCAGAACGUGCGGAAUGGCAGUACGGAGAGAAAGAGAAGGAAUCAAUUGAAGUAUUUUCAACGAGGAGCAAACGAGGAAAUAAAGUAGCUUGUAUGUUUGUACGAUGUUCCCAAAAUCCACAUUUUACAAUUCUAUUCAGUCACGGUAAUGCAGUUGACAUUGGUCAGAUGAGCAGUUUUUAUCUAGGACUUGGUACCAGAAUCAAUUGCAAUAUUUUUAGCUAUGAUUAUUCUGGUUAUGGAGGUAGCACAGGCAAGCCCUUAGAGCGUAAUUUAUAUGCAGAUAUUGAUGCUGCUUGGCAAGCACUAAGGACACGGUAUGGAAUUAGUCCAGAACAUAUAGUUUUGUAUGGACAAAGUAUAGGUACUGUUCCAACAGUGGAUUUAGCUUCAAGAUAUGAAUGUGCUGCUGUGAUUCUACAUUCACCAUUGAUGUCUGGGAUGAGGGUCGCAUUUCCGGAAACAAAACGAACAUGGUGUUUUGAUGCAUUCCCAAGUAUUGACAAGAUAACAAAGGUAUCAUCCCCAGUGUUAGUUAUUCACGGAACUGAAGAUGAAGUCAUCGAUUUCUCGCAUGGACUAGCAAUGUAUGAGCGCUGUCCACGAGCCGUGGAUCCACUGUGGGUUGAGGGCGCUGGUCACAAUGAUGUAGAGCUGUAUAGCCAGUACCUGGAACGCUUGAAGCAUUUUACGUCAGUAGAGCUCCAGCAUGCUUUACCUCCUCAACAGCAACAACAGACACCACAACUGCAAGCACAAGAUCAAACACCAGUUUCUGAGGAGCAACCAAAGGCCGUGGAUGCAAAAUGAGAUGACAAUGAACCGGACACAUUUUAAAUAAGCUAAAGAGGACCGCAGUGAUACUUACACAUCAAUCAAUUUCUAAUGGCCAAGUGUGCCCAGUGCAGGUGGCUUUAUGAUAACGUAGACUACACUUGAGCCCAGGUGUGCCUAGUGCAGGUGGCUUUAUAAUACUGUAGUAACGUAGACAAGUCACUUCAGCGUGUCACUCUACUCUGUCUUUCUAUUCCAUUUCCUAUUGAUCUUAAUUUACAAUAAAGUGAUAUAUUUAUUUACAAUUUCUUUUCAUGAUGCUUCACAAUGUAAAUGUACAUGAAUGAUUUUGAUUUAUGGUAAGUGAAUAUUAAAAAUUGAAUGAAUUCAAACAAUUUAUUUUAAAAAAUAGCAUUUCAUGAUGGGUUAGGUAAUGUAUUGUAACCAUGGAGUCAUUAAUCACUUCGGUUACAUGCCUUUGAUUGUAUGGUGUCAGUAUGCUCACAAAUGAAUUGAGCAUGCUCAAAAUGAGAUAAUAAAUAAGGGUUUUUUUUAUUAUUAUGAGCUGAAAUAUAUCAAAUUUAUACUUCUAAAUUUUGAAGAAUAUUUAUUAGGAAUUUGAAUACAUCCUAAUAUUUGGAACAAGUUAAUAACAAAAAGGAAUUAAGCCUCUUAUUUUGAUUAUUCUAAAUUCUUGUCAAAUAAACUUAGAUAUGAACAAAAAAAAUAGAUAGUGUCAUGUAACUUAAACAACUUUAACAUACUACUACAGUAUGCACAUUUUUAUCCUGAAUAAUAGUUUGCAACCAUUGAUUUUUUUUAUGCUUUAAUGUGAUAAAGGUUUAAAGGUAUUAUAGUAAUUAGAUAUGAUGUCAAAAUAUGUUUAAUGGUAUAUUAUACUUAAUAAUGAUAGAGUUUUGCUGUUUAUCUAUCAUCUUGAAAGUUUUAUAAUAACUAACCAAGUUUAGCAAGGUAGAUAUGAGAAGCAAAGCUAUAAAAGUAUAUUAUUUUACUAUUAAUACAAUAGCUAUCACCAUUAUUUGUAUCCUCAUAAUCAUUGUCAUAAAUGUCAUCAUCAUCAUCAUGGCUGUCAUUAGCCUCUGUUACUUAUCAUCACCAUUAUGCCGAUCAUUGUCAUAAUCGUCAUCAUAUCUCCAUGAUAACAUUGUCAUCACCAUCAUCAUUGUUGUCAUAGUAUUCGCAAACAAGCUGUCAUAGGCCUGCCUACUAUAAAUAGAAAAUGUUCACAGUACUGUAUUUUGUUUGUAUUUAUUAUUGAUAUUCAUAUAUUCUUUAAACUGCCAAUUUAAUCUACCAGAACAAUUAUUGUUAAAACUAAAUUGGGUUUAAAUUUUAUAUUGCAAAUUCCCUGAUUAAAGAUAUACUGCCUGCUGCCAAAAAAGAAUCUCAAAAAUUCAAUUACAAUUUUGAUCAAAAUAAUUUACUUACUUUACUGUAGUUUUGUCUGCUUUAUGAAUUUUACUACAAAAUUCCUUAAAUUGAUUAUAGGACAUGUCUGUUAAUUGAUGGGGGGAAUAUUGUUCCCAUUCAAAUUUAAUAACUAGCUUAAAUAUACACAAUUUAUAUAAGCUCAUGACAGGCAGUAUGUCUUUAAAAUUUUACAUGCUUGCCAAAUACAGUUUGGUAGAUUUGUUUACAACCAGCAUUAAUUUCUAUACAAAUUUUACCUGUUGACUGGAAGAGAACAUUUUGGUUGAAUUUAUUGAAUUGUUUUCAUGGUUCUUAAUUCUGGAUGGCAUGCUCAGUUGCUUAGAUGUUUUCAUUUGGAGCAAUCCUGCUGGCUGUUAAAAUGGUAUAACAUCAGAUUUAGACAUCUUUGUGUCACUGAAUGUGUCCAUAUUUGUAGGAGUCAAGAAUUGUGUAUGUUUAAUUACAGAUAUUUGUCUUUAAAAUUUUAUGCAGAGCAUGUUAGACUUUUGAAGAUCAUCAUCCUUGAAAAUAUAACACAGGAACAUACCUUCUCAGAGUUGAGAGAUACUAAAUGCAAAUUCUAUUAAAAUAUAUGCCAGUACAAUUUUUUUUUUUUUUUUUGUGGCAACAUAAACUAAUAAUAUUCAUAAAGAUGUGCAAGAUCAUUUUUGGCUGAAAAUUUUAAACAGAGGACUGAAUUCCUGGCAGUUUAGAUUUGAAAAAAAAAAGAUUAUUUCUGAUACUUUCAUGUUUUUAUACAGAUUUCAUCUAUUGAUAUACAGUGUACACAGUGUUUAUAAACAUAAUAAUGAUAUACAGAACUGUUUACAACAGGGAUUAUUAUUUAGUGUACUUUUUAUGGUUAUCCUUAAUAUAUUGGUACUUGUUUUUGGUAUAGAAUAACUUGUACCCAUGCACUGUUUAUAGUGUUGCUAGCAUUCAGUCCUAGAAUAGUCAUUGUAAAGGCUGUACAAAAAAAAUACUAAACUAAAUGUCGGCAUUGUAGAUAUUAUUUUAAAGGUAACAACUUUUAAUAAUUUUUUGUUUCUAUUAAAAAUUGAUAUUUUGCAGUAAUUGGCUGUUGAGAAUAAUUGUUUUAUAAUUUCAUGAGCAUUAUUAAUGUGGAAAUUGUAUACAGUAGAAUGGUUGAUAAAGCAUAUUUAUUUUUGUCUGUAAAAUGAUAUAUUUUUGGUUGUAUGUAAUGUAAUGUUUAGUUCACUAAAGGAAUUCAGAGUCAUUGCGCAACAACCUAUGCCAGUUACCGAGGUAUAUUUUCAGUAUGAGUCCUUUGAAAUUAUGUGUGUACUGCAACUACUGGGCUAGUUUCUGAGGAGCGAGCUAGCUAGUGGUGGUGCUAACUAAUGGUGGGGCAAGGGGAGAAUCAGGAAAACAUGGACCCGCUUAUGCAACAUAAAUCUAGGACAUUUGACUAAAAAUAGUUAUUAUGGUUGCCAAUCCAAAAUAUUGUGGUGUAAAAACACAAUUUUUGUUCAUUCUAUUAACCAUAAAAUAUCUCUCCAUGAACCUCAACCAGGGAUUUAAUUCCGGGACCAAAGCCUGCCGGACUUGUUUGACCACCUGUUGGCACAUUUCUGGAGCACCACUGGAGCUAGCAUGCAUAAUGGACCAACACUUUUGGAUAGAGAGUGAGAUAACAGUGGAAUAGACGUGUGUUGCCUUUGCGUCAAACUGCUUGUGAUUGCAUCUGUUGCUUGCUAGUGUGAUUUAAGUUUAGUAAACAAGGAAAACUUCCAUUUUUAGAAUAUGAAUUGUAUUUGCCAUGAGAAUGGACAUUGUGUAAGAAAUAUAAUGUAUUAAUGGGUAAUCUUGAACAAAUUUAUUGAAUUUAUCUUCAAUAAAUCUAUUUUGCUACCUUAAGGAUGAAGAUAUUAAGAGAAGAGCCUGCCCUCUAUACAUAGAAAAGAGUUCAAUAUAAAGGGCUUAUAAACACAAGAUAUUGUUUUACGCAUAACAAAAUAGAAGCGUCAAUUUCACAGAAAAGUAAUCACUUUUGGAAGAGGAUGCCCUAGUUGUUGCCAUGGAAGGUGUUCGCUUCAUGACAAAGUUUGUUACCAAGUAGGUUUUUGUUCCUUAAUUGCUUUAAAGAGAGUGGCCAUUGCAAGUCAACACUUACGCGUAAAGGUAAAGUCGCGCAGUGUACACUAUGGUCAAAGCGGUUAAAGUUGAAAAGUAAUCUCUUUUGCAAAAGGGUGCCAUACACUGCGUUAUUACAGAAUUUGCACGCAGAAACCGCAGAGUACGCUAUAUUGUGUUUAUAAGGUCUUUGGUUCAAUACCAUGCAUGCAUUGGUGUCCUGUAUGGCAAAACAAUUUUCUGGAAUAUAAAGUAUUACUGUAAAGCCCUGUGCAGACUGUCAAACUUUAUUUGACAAAAACAUGUGACAUGCCUAAGUAUGGUCAUGAUGACAUCACAUCAUGACCAUAUAUAGGCAUAUGAUGACUAUAUAUGGGCAUACAACAGUUUUUUGUCAAAGAGAAUUUGAUAUUCUGGACAGAUACAAUGUCUUUAACAGUUAACAUGCACAUUUUAAUUUUAUGUUAUUCCAUUAAUGUAGAUAUACUGUAUAAUAUAAAAAAUAUUUAAUAAACAGAAAAACAAGGAACUCGAUGUCAAAAAAACUGUGAAUUGCCAAAAGUGUUGGGCACUACAAAAUUGUGCUCCAAUACUGUAACAUAGUAUAUGCGAUUUGGAUAAAAACAAUGUUUUUUUCACAAUUUGUAUUGAUUUAUGAUAACAGCAUUCGGUGGUUCAUUAGUUUUAACUGUGUCUUCUUUUAGAUCAUGUAAUUGUGUGUUUCUGAGAAAAGUCUAGAAUUUUAGUACAGUAUAGUGUAUGGUAUAUGUUUUUGUACAUGCCUGCAUUAACAUAUUACUGUAACAUGUACAGUGUAUUUAUAAGUACCUGGUUACAGGUAAUAUGUAUAUAAUUGUGUAUUCAAAUAUAAUUAUAUAAAUAUAUAUACAGUAGAACCCCUCCUUUGGGACGCCCACAUUUAUUAAGGGGACACUUUUUCGGGCACUAAACGUGGGAACGUCUAUCUUUUAAUACUGCGGUCAACUCCUUUCCAGGGGAUAACUCUAUUGUAGGGCCACUUUUUUAGUUCCUGGUGUACCCUUUAUACUUGGGUUCUACUGUAUUUAGUUAUACAUUAUAUAAUUAUAUAAGUACUGUGAUAUAGUAUAUGUUUGAUAUGUGUUUAUACAACAUUUUUGGUGUAAAUAAAAUGGCAGUGUUUUUGGGCUCUAAUCAUUGUUUCAGUUUGAUAGACAAAGAUAUGUACCAUCUGCAGACAACUAUGAAAAAAACCUUCAGAAAUUCAGUUAUCAAAUAUGUUAACUUUCAGUGAUACAGAUAGAAAGAAGCAAGUUUUUGCAGACCUUUCACUAUAAUAUCUCUCAGUUGAUUAUCAACCAAUAUUAAUGUUCUGUAUUGGUAUGUUCUUUAAUUAGCAAUGAGUUCUCAUUCUAAUUUUCAAUUAAAAAUUAAUAAUCAAACUUACUUAAAAUGAAGUUUGCAAUUCCAAUAUUGAAUUAAACUUGUCCAAGGUGACAUAAUUGUAAGAACAAAUAUGAAAUGUUAGCUCAAAGUGGAUUCUCAGCCAGAUUGCCUUAGCAAGGAUAACAUGAUGUUGUAAUACAUGUCAAACUACAACUGUAAUGUCUCCUUUAAUAAUAAUGAAACAACAAAAUGAAGUCUUAAUCAUGUGAUACUACUAUUGUAACGUCACAUGACCAUAUACACAAUUGUCAAAUGUAUUGCAAUUAAUUUUUGGCAAAUAUUCUACAUACAGUCUUUUCUGUAUGAUAAUAAUAUGUAAAUUGCAUUUUUUGUAUCUAUAUUGUAGAUUGUAAUCAGAGUUGAUGUAACUUUUGAUUUAUUAAUGAGCAUCACAGUUUAAUUGACUUGUUCUUUUUAAUGUCAUUAUUAUUAUUACUAUUAUUAUUAUUGUUUUUAUUAUGAACAGUAUUAUUAUUAUUAUUAAUAAAUGUUUAUUGAUAAUGGCUUUA